AUCAACCAACCUCCCGUCCGUAAGCAGAGCAGAGCAGCACCACCCACCUCCAAUGGCCCCCUCCUCCUCCUCCACUUGUACCCGAGCCCAGCUGGCCAUCGCCCUCAUCGCCGCCGCGCUGUGCAAUGCGGCCCUCCUCGUCGUGGUCGACGCCGGCUACCCCCGCGGCGGGGACUACCGGGCGCAGUUCCUGUUCCAGCAGAACGCGGCGCGGGCGGCGAUGGGGCUGCCGGCGCUGAGGUGGGACGAGCGGGUGGCGGCGUACGCGCGGUCGUACGCCGAGUCGCGGCGCGGGGACUGCGCGCUGGUGCACUCGUCCGGGCCCUACGGCGAGAACCUCUUCUGGGGCAGCGGCACGGGCUGGGCGCCGGCGCAGGCCGUGGGGGCGUGGCUGGCGGAGCGGCCCCGGUACGACUACUGGAGCAACCGCUGCAGCGGCGGCAUGUGCGGGCACUACACGCAGAUCGUGUGGCGCGGCAGCACCCGCGUGGGGUGCGCCAUGGUCGAGUGCUACGCCGGCCGCGGCACCUUCAUCACCUGCAACUACGACCCGCCCGGCAACUACGUCGGCAUGCGCCCAUACUGAAUACCGAUGGCCGGCCGGUGCAGCCGCCGUCGCACGUUGCCGCUCCGCCUCGCCGGUCUUCUUCACAUUCACAGCCCCGUUGCCGGCCGGCCAGCGCGUGCGGCGAUGCGGCGCGGCGUAGCACUAUCUUGCUGUCCCAUUCAUUGUUGCUCAUCGAGAGUUCAAGACGAAUCGAUGGCGAUGCCACGAGUGUACAAAAUAUUUUUUACUGCUAUACUACUGGUACUGCAUUCUAAGUA